GGACGUUCUAACUGUUUUCCUUGCCGACGCGGCGCCGAGCUUUUCGCGUUGAGAGUUUUUCCGUAUAUUAGGCUUAAUCGGGUGGCAAAACGCAAAAUGACGAACUUCAAUGCGUCAGGUGCCAUGAUGCCUUUGGAUGAGUACUACGAACAUUGCGUGGUACCGAAACCGAAGGUGCCCCGUCCUUACACCUCGAUGCCGAUGACAAACAGGACCAAGCGUCAGGCGGGGCGCCUGCGCUCGUACAAGGAACUUGGUCCAGAAGAUGAGGACGACGACGAGGAUGACGACCUUCAGGGCUCCGAGCUGGACAAAGGAUACCAGGAAGAUGGCGCCAUCGAUUCCAAUUUGAGCCAGAUGAGCUUCGAGAUGAACGACUUCAACAAGAUGUACUGGGAGGAGGAGUCUCUGAACCAGGAAGUCUCGCAAACCUCCGCCCAGUGGCGCAUUUACGGCAACAACGUCAACAGGCCAGCGGGAGCAGCUCCCCUGGUUCCCAAUGACCAGGCACGUGGCAACGUCAAGUCGCGCCUUGAUCUGAGAGAUGGGUCCCGUUUCCGGAAUGCCAACAACCAGAGGCGCAACCAAAACAGCAACAACCAUCGUCGUCACCAUCAGGCCCAGGACGCCAGGGAGCAGCGGUUGCGCACCGCCUACAAUGCCUUCAGCAGCGAAACAAAUCAUGCCAGGCAGCCAGGAGACGUACUGAUGAACAUACACAAUCAUUUCCAAUACGAUUACCAGGGUCCCAACGAUCCGCAUGCCAGCGCCAACAUGAUGGGACCGGACCACUACGAUACGACCAACGCGAGUUCGAUCACCUCUCUAAUUGAUUCGGUGUCGCAUAUUCCGGAUAACCGUGUGAAGAAUCGUUUGGGCUGUGAAUUUUUGCGUUCACCGAACACAUCUAAUGAUAUGUUUGCUGGAAGAGCGCAGGGUAGCCAUUUCCAGGAAAUGAGCACGGCCACCACCACAUCCGAUCUCGAGGAGGAAAACUAUAGUAAAAUGGCCCAUAAUGUACUGCUUUUCCUUAAGAGUGCUGCCCAAAACGAAGCCCUCGGGAACUCCUCUUAAUUUUUCCAGGACAACCUCUGAUGGGCGCGCGGAGUGAGGUGGCCCAAAGUGACGCCAUGCCGGAACUAGAUGGACAGUACCACCAGAAUCGUUUCAUCUAGACAACCGACAGCAAGUUAGACUUAAGAAGCCGAUCUAUGUUAAGUUUACUUUUAGUUCCAAUGAUUUCCCAAUUCAAAUAAGCAAGGUUGUGCCCGCCAAGAAUUCUGUGCGAAUUCUUGGCAUGCGCAGGGUAAGAAGAAGACUUUGGUGACGGCCAGUGAAUGGCAGGGAGUGAACAGUCGCCAACGGAGGUUUUUUUUUAUACAUACAAUACAUAUUUCGGCUGAUAAGAACAGGCUGGCCCGCUUAUCAGCAAUGCACAACAAGGAGUACACACGGACGGGCGAGAUGUGAGAAGCGAAAGCGGACGAAAAUAGAAACAAACGGCGAUAAAUUUACAGCGAAGGCAAAUUUUCGUACAUAAGCGAUGUGCCGAAGAGGAACAGAGUAAUAAUCAAUCAGUUAAUCUGCCAAACAGCCGGAGAGUGGACGUGAAAAUGAUCAGCGGGAGCGGAUACCGCGAUAGUGAGCAGUGAUCGUAACUCCGGAUAGUGCUAAACAUUAACCUCAACACUUAGUUAUUUUAUUUUUUGUUCAAAAGCCGACAGAAGCAGCCAAUAGAACAACGAGCCGUUGAUUCUUCUCAUUCAGUAACUUGUAGAGCGUAGAUUUUGUAGCGGUUGAACUCGGCUAAACGAUUUUCCCAAAGAAUACGAAAUAAAUUUAAAUCGCUAAAUAAAUACACUAAA